AUGGCCAGUGAAAUUGAUAUCUACAUCCAAUAUCCUUUACAUAUGGACUCGGCUUCCAAAUCUAUCUCUUUGCCCCAAUCCUCCGCCUACACACCUAUCCAAACAACAAGUAUCAACACAGAGCUGACCGAACUGAACCAACUGCACCGUGCCCUACUCACCGUUGAACAUCCCAGCGGUGUACCCCCACCACCACUCCCCGUCAACCCCAAGCGCAGUGCACAAGUCAACAAGCUCCGCGACAGCGGCAAUGCCGCUUACCGCAAAUCCAACUACGCUGAGGCUGUGCGCUUGUACACAUAUGCAAUCGAAAUGGCUAUCACCCGACCUAGCUGGGAACCUGUGAAUCUUGCCAGAGACGAGUUGUCCGGUCUCUAUGGAAAUCGCGCACAAGCACAUAUGGGGCAACAAGCGUGGGCGGAUGGGCUGGUCGAUGCAAAGUGCAGCGUGGACUCAAAGCCUGUGAAUAAUGUCAAGGCUUGGUGGCGGGUUGCUAAGUGUUUGGCUGAGAUGACUCGGUAUGAGGAGGCACGCGGAUAUGUGCAGAAGGGGCUUGAGAUUGAGGGGAGGGAUUCUGAGGGUGGGAAAGAGUUGCUGAGUUUGUUGGUGGAUGUUGAUGCUGCUCUGAAGCGAUCCUCUUGA